UCUUAUAAAACGUCAGUCAUAAUUUUAUCAGUGCGGUCAAUUUAGGUGACACCGGUUAGACGUAUGGGUAGUAAAACCGGGAAACGUGUCAGAAGCGUUGAUUGAGAGCGGUGAAACAGACACCUAUUUUAUUUAUUCAAACAGUACACUAAAACAAACAUGGUGCUUGUGACUAUAACACUAGAAGCAAGUACAGAAGCAGUUACGGAAGCCUCAGAGCCAUUACUGGGAAUGUUGGAUAUAGCUAUUCUAGGAGUCAUUGCCAUGGGCUUGGUAUACUGGUUCUUUCUCCGGGGCAAGAAAGAGGAGCCUCCAACCAUUAAGAAGUUAACAGUGCUGCCUUCAACUGUCAGAGCUGAUGACACAAAUUUUGUAAAUAAGAUGAAGCAUGGAGGGAAGAAUGUGAUUGUGUUUUAUGGGUCCCAGACUGGCACAGCAGAGGAGUUUGCUGGUCGCUUGUCCAAGGAUGCUAGUCGCUAUGGCAUGAAAGGGAUUACAGCUGAUCCUGAGGAAUGUGACAUGGAAGAGCUUCCACAGUUGGCUGAAAUUGAGAAUUCCCUAGCAAUAUUUUGUAUGGCUACAUAUGGUGAGGGAGAUCCCACAGAUAAUGCACAAGAGUUUUAUGAUUGGCUACAAAAUGGUGAUGCUGACUUGUCUGGGGUCAGAUAUGCUGUAUUCAGUCUUGGCAAUAAAACCUAUGAGCAUUAUAAUGCCAUGGGAAAAUAUGUGGACAAGAGACUGGAAGAACUUGGGGCAACAAGAAUAUAUGAAGUGGGCUUGGGAGAUGAUGAUGCCAACAUUGAGGAAGAUUUUGUGACCUGGAGGGAGAAAUUUUGGCCUGCUGUUUGUGAACACUUUGGUGUGGAAGCAACAGGAGAGGAUGUAAACAUGAGGCAAUUUGCUGUAGAGAUACAUGAAGACACACCCAAGGAGAAGAUAUUUAGUGGUGAACCUGCUAGGCUUGGGUCUUUCAGAAAUCAAAAACCGCCCUACGACUCUAAGAAUCCAUUCUUAGCCCCAGUGAUAGUAAACAGGGAGCUACACAAGGGAGGAGACAGAUCAUGUAUGCACAUAGAACUUGAUAUCACAGGCUCAAGAAUUAGAUAUGAAGCUGGUGACCAUGUAGCAGUAUUUCCCACCAAUGACCCUCAGCUGGUUGAGGCCCUGGGCACAAGACUGGGGGUGGACCUGGACCAAGUCAUGUCCCUAAACAAUGUGGAUGAGGAAGCAAGUAAGAAGCAUCCGUUCCCCUGCCCAACAACUUACAGAACAGCUCUACUUCAUUACCUGGACAUUGUUAGUCCUCCAAGAACACACAUUCUCAAGGAGUUGUCAGAUUAUGCUGAGGACCCCAAGGACAAAGAAUUCCUACAGAAAUUGGCGUGUGCAAGUGAAGAGGGCAAGAACUUAUAUAUUGAAUGGGUUGCUAAGGAUCACAGGGACAUUCUCACAGUUUUAACAGACCUCCCAUCACUGAAACCACCCAUAGAUUACCUGUGUGAACUAUUACCAAGGUUACAAGCCAGAUACUAUUCCAUAUCAUCAUCUCCAAAGCUUUACCCAUCCAGUAUUCACAUCACAGCAGUUUUGGUUGACUACCAGACAAGAACUGGGAGGCCAGUCAAGGGGGUGGCCACCAACUGGCUGGCAUUAAAACACCCAACCAAUGGCAUUAAACCCACAGUUCCCAUAUUUGUCCGCAAGUCUCAAUUCCGCCUGCCUUUCAAGGCCUCCACCCCUGUCAUCAUGAUAGGCCCAGGAACAGGUCUGGCUCCAUUCAGAGGCUUUAUCCAGGAGAGGCACUUUUUGAAGAAGGAAGGCAAAGAAAUUGGACCUACGGUGCUUUUCUUUGGCUGUCGUAAAAAGGCUGAGGAUUACUUGUACGAGGAGGAACUGCAGAGCUACUGCAUGGAUGGUUCAUUGAGUCAUCUUCAUGUAGCUUUCUCCAGAGAACAGCAGCACAAGAUUUACGUCCAACACUUGAUAAAACAACAGAAGGAAGAAAUAUGGGAACUUUUGGAGGCUGGAGGACACAUUUAUGUUUGUGGUGAUGCUAGAAACAUGGCCAAAGAUGUCCAUAGUUGCAUGACUGAUAUAGUGGAGGAGUUGGGGAAGAUACCUCGUUCACAGGCCGAGGAUUAUGUGAAGAAACUCCACACAAAGGGGCGCUAUUCUGCUGAUGUUUGGAGUUAACACAGAGAUGUGGAACAGAAAUUGGUACAAUUAGGAUUUGAACUUGUGAACAUCACACACUCUGAUUUUUAUUUUAUGGUGUAUGUAUAUGAGAUGAAUUAUAAACGCAUCUAUGUUCACAGAAUUAGCUAGAUUACCAUGUUUCUGGUUUUGGACACCAAAUUAUCUUUGUAAGAAGAAAAAUCUGACCCCAGAGUUUAAAAUGAUGUAUCACUCAAUUUCUUUUAAUUUGUCUCCCUUAAUGUGAACCUUGUAAAAUAAAUAGAAUGUUUUUAUUAUGAAGCCUACCUCUCUAGUCAAAUAAAAAGUCCAAGCAUGUAAUUUAUAUAGAUUCUGACUUUAUUACCAUAUUAUAUCAAACAUAUUUCAUAAAUCAUGAUAUUGCACAAAUUUCAAUUGUCCUAGUUAACUCAAAGGUGUGACACAAUUAAAUUGUAUUGAGUAACAUGCAUUGUGACACUGAACAUUUCAUUUGUUGAUAACUUGGAUGUUUGUGCAUUGUGUAUUCAUGAUGCUUUACACCUAAUCAAAUUGUGUUGGUUAUUGGAAUGCUGGUGAACCUAAAAAAGCUUGGUAGCUGUAUUUUUAUAUAUUUAUUGUUUCAUUCAAAUAUUUCCAUCUUGACACAAAGAGAAAAAUUGGUCAUGUUAAAGUAGAUAAAUGUUAGGAUCUAUUUGCUCAUCCACUUUAGAUAAUGCAGAAAUAAACUUUGUCAUGUUAUGAGAUCAAAAAUACAUCAGGUUGAAUUUGCUAAUUGGGGCUGAUGCUGUCACAGCAGAGUUCUUGUGGUAAAAAUUGUUUUCUAAUUCAAGCAGAUCUCCCUCACCUUAGCUGCUAUCAACAGUUUUAACAUCUAAUGAAUCACAAUUAAAUUAUGAGUACUACAAUCUGUUGCUAAGGAUUGGUUUUGAAAGGCUUAUUUCUGAUUUUAACAGUAAAGAGCAAAAUAAUGAGUUAGUUUGAUGGAGCAUGCAGACAUGCUGAAAACUUUUCAGAAUGGCCGGACAUUUGGACCAGCAGUAAUGAAAAAUUUGCCAGACUGAAUG